AUGUCCUCUUCGCUCCUCAGAUCCGUCACCAGAGUUUCCUCUCGUGCCCUCCGUCCCUCAACCCGCGUCUUCACAAAGUUCCACGCUCAGCCCUUUAGCAUCCACACCGUCAAGAUGUCUGACCAGUCCAUUGUCUUCACCAAGAACGCCCCGGCCCCCGUCGGCCCUUACUCCCAGGCCGUCAAGACCCCCACCGCCAUCUACUGCUCCGGCCAGAUCCCCCUCAACCCCGAGGGCGUCCUGAUCGAGGGCAACAUCACCCAGAAGACCAAGCAGUGCAUCUCCAACCUCGAGGCCGUCCUCAAGGAGGCCGGCUCUUCCAUUGCCAAGGUCGUCAAGGUCAACAUCUUCCUUGCCGACAUGGGCGACUUUGCCGAGAUGAACGGCGAGUACGAGAAGUGGUUCACCCACAAGCCCGCCCGCAGCUGCGUCGCCGUCAAGACUCUGCCCAAGAACGUCGAGGUUGAGAUUGAGGCUAUUGCCCUUCCUUAA